AUGUCUUCGUCUAUCAUGCGCAUCACUCCCAUGGCUGCCCGCCUGGCAGCUCGCAGUUCCGUCCGCUCCACGACCACGCCUUCUCUGGCGGUUGGUCUGAACCGAUCGAUUUCCUCAACUGCACGGAUGGAAAAGGGUCCCGUCGAAGCUACCAAGGAUACACUUAAGAAAGCCGACAGUGCUAUCUCCGGUGCUGCGGUCAAGGGUAUCGAGAAAGGCCAGGAAGCUACCGAAAAGCUCAAACAGACGACCGGGACGGCCCAAUCCAAGUCCCAGGAGCUGAAGGGUGAGGCGCAAGAUGCCGCCGGCAAGGGCAAGGGCAAGGCUGAGGAGACCCUGGGCCAGGCGAAGGGUAAGGCGGAGGAAACCUUGGGUGAAGCCAAAGGCAAGGCCAAGGAGACCUUGGGUUGA